AGCUACUGUAGCCCCCUCAUCUUCAACCAUAUCAAUAUCACCCGCCCAUUUGAUCUACUCCCGCCCAUAUCGUUCAUUUCCUUUCCCCUCACAUCCAGUGGCAGUGGUAGAACCUCACCAUAACAAAAAUCCUCAUCUCGUUGCAGCCUUCCACGACACCAUAUUAACUGAUGUAGUGAAGAAGUACAUUGGGAGGAACUGGAAGAAAAUAGAAAAUCCGGUAUAUCCAUCGAAUCUAUUUCGACGAAGAUUUCGGAUGAGUCGUCCUCUAUUUCUCCGUAUUCUAAAUGAGGUAGUGGCUAACGACAUUAAUGUGUUAGAGAGAUCUUUUGUUUUCACGGAACUUGCACAAGGGCGUGCUCCACCAGUCAAUUACACAGUCAACGGCCACGACUAUACUAUGGGGUAUUACCUUGCAGAUGGUAUUUAUCCUAAGUGGCAAACUUUUGUAAAAACGAUUCCAUCACCAAGAGGGAACAAGAAUAAACAUUUUGCAAAAGCACAAGAAUCUGCAAGAAAAGAUGUCGAGCGAGCAUUUGGUGUACUUCAACAACGAUUUGCAAUCAUUCGAGGACCUUCACGAAUGUUCAAAUUGAAGGUACUAACAAAUAUAAUGAAAGCAUGUGUUAUUGUUCAUAACAUGAUCAUUGAAGACGAACGUGAUGAUGGUGAUAGUCUUAACAUUGAGUAUGAUCAACUUGACGAUGAUCUCCCUGAAUUGUCGCGCACUCAAACAAAUGAGUUUAUGGACUUCAUCCAACGUCGUCUUCAUAUUAAAGAUAGCUCGGCACAUCAUCAGCUUCAAGAAGACCUAAUUGAACAUCAAUGGCUACUCUAUUCCCAACAAUAAACGAUGUCGCGCUAUAUUAGAUUGUUUUGUGAAUGUUAUGAGUUUGAUUUAGAAAUAUGUUAUGUGAUGAUCAUUAGAAUUA